AUGGAGAGCUCAAAACGAAGAAAGACGGCGCAUGAUGCGCCCAAGAAGAAGCCUGUCGUGGAGGACCCUCCCGUCAAGGCCACUCCCGAACCGUCUGAGGAGGAAUCGGCUACUCUGGAGGCCCCGUCUACCGAAGAGGAUGCUCCCAAGAAGACGUUCAAGGACUUGGGAGUUGUAGACGCUCUUUGCGAAGCCUGCGAGGCUCUCGGUUACAGGUAUCCCACCCCGAUCCAGGAGAAGUCAAUCCCCGUCGCGCUCCAAGACCGCGACAUCAUUGGUCUCGCCGAGACUGGUAGUGGAAAGACUGCGGCCUUUGCCCUGCCUGUCCUCCAGGCCCUCCUCGAAAAGCCCCAGCCGCUGUUCGGCCUCGUCCUCGCCCCGACCCGAGAGUUGGCGUCCCAGAUCGGCCAGGCGUUUGAAGCGUUGGGAUCGCUGAUCUCUCUACGAUGCGCCGUCAUUGUGGGUGGACUGGAUAUGGUUCCGCAAUCGAUUGCCCUCGGCAAGAAGCCUCAUAUUAUUGUGGCGACUCCUGGCCGUCUGGUGGACCACCUUGAGAAGACCAAGGGCUUCUCUCUACGGACGCUCAAGUAUCUGAUCAUGGACGAGGCCGAUCGUUUGCUCGACAUGGACUUUGGUCCCAGUAUCGACAAGAUUUUAAAGUUUAUUCCCCGCGAGCGACGAACGUACCUCUUCUCGGCCACGCUCAGCUCCAAGAUUGAGAGUCUGCAGCGAGCCAGUUUGAGGGACCCGGUGCGAGUGAGCAUCAGCUCCAGCAAGUACCAGACUGUGUCGACUCUACUACAGCACUACGUUUUCAUCCCGCACGGCCAGAAGGAUACCUACCUCAUCUACCUCAUCAACGAACACGCUGGCCAGUCUUGCAUCAUCUUCACUCGCACUGUCUGGGAGACGCAGCGAAUUGCCAUCCUGCUGCGAACGCUGGGCUUUGGCGCAAUCCCGCUCCACGGACAGCUAUCCCAGUCAAAUCGUCUGGGUGCGCUCAACAAGUUCCGGGCUGGUACCCGCGACAUCCUCGUCGCCACCGAUGUUGCGGCCCGUGGUCUUGAUAUCCCCAAGGUCGACGUGGUUCUCAAUCUCGAUCUUCCCCAGGACUCCAAGACAUAUAUCCAUCGUGUCGGACGUACAGCCCGUGCCGGAAAGUCCGGUGUGGCCAUCAGCCUGGUCACUCAGUACGAUGUCGAGAUCUACCUGCGAAUCGAGGCGGCCCUGGGCAAGAAGCUUACGGAGUACCCGUCUGCCAAGGAGGAGGUGAUGACGCUCCAGCCCAGAAUCGAGGAAGCGCAACGCCACGCGAGGAACCAAAUGAAGAAUCUGACGGAGGAGAGGGGCAAAAAGGGCAGCACGCUCAAGGGCGGAAAGCGAGGACAGCGGGAUGGUCCUAAACGCAGGAGGGACGAGAUGGACAAGGAGGAGGGUUAG